GAACAUCGUGAAUGAAUGGUGCCAUAUACUUUUUUAUAACCGCACACGUUGUGUCUAUAUAUAAUUUUCUAAAAAUGUAUAAAUUGAAAAAAAUUAACGAAAUUUGGCCCAAUAUUGAUUUACCCGACUGUAUGUACAAUAUGAAAGCUGUUGUAAAUCUCAAACUAGAAGAACAAGCUGAAUAUCCUAAUAUCAAUAUAAGCCUAAACCAGAUGGAUGUAUUAUCGGCAAGGCAAGAAAAGCUUCUUAUUCAAUUAGAGAAAUUUAAGAAUCAACUUCAAGAAAUACGUUCUGGAUUAAAUGUUUGUGCAAAGCCAGUACAAGCGAGCCACGUUCAACUGGUACAACAACAAUUUAAUGUUGAUGAUCAAAGUGAUCUGAUUGUGAACGCUAAUCAUAAAUUUAUACCCUACUGUCUUCUUGCGUUGAAAAAAUUGUGGAUUAAUCAUUUAUUGCUUCAUAUAAAAUUUCAUACACAUUCAAGUGUGGCAAAAUUAGAUGAAAAUGCCCAAAAAUUUAUGAUGCAAGUUCAAUCAAUAGAAACUUCUUUAGAUGUACCGACAUUAGGAAUUACUGUCAUUUGGCAUGCCGAAGUUGGAAGAAAUACUGAGCUCAUAGCCCCUGCUUCAUAUGCUCCUUUGCAUGGAGAAGUGACUCUUUUGAGAUGGCUUACUAGGAUCGGGCCGCCAGAAUUCACUUAUGAGAAUUCUGUGAUUGAUUCUAUCGAAGUAGAUUCCUUACUUGAUAUAUGCUUUUUGUUGAUCAAUAAUUCAACAGACACUAAGGAACGUCUUAAGUAUCUGCGUAUUCUCAAUACACGACUUGGAAAACAAAAAUACUUUGGAGGCCAAUCCAUUUCCAUUGCAGAUGUUGCUGUAAGUAGUACGGUAAAACAAGGCUUUUUGAAUGAUUUGACACCUGCUCUUAAUUCAUGGCUUAAGCAUGUAUCAACAUACCUUGGUUACUAAAAACAUUUGAUGUUAUAAUUAAUAAAAAUUAUGAAAUUA